AUGUUUACCUGCGACACAGACAGUCCUACAUGUGGGGAAGCCAUGGCAAGUAGGGAUGUGUGGAGCGUGCUGGAGGAGUGUGUAAAGACCAUACAUGCCAACACAGCACAACCAGAGACAUUUUUGAGUCUGCAAGAUGGAGUGGCGGCAGACUUCACAUCUCUCACUAAGACAUUGUACGACCUCCACAAAGCUCAGGAGCCGGCAGAUUAUAAAGGGAGUCCUUUGCCUCAGCUGGUGGUGGAAAACUUUGAUGAAGAGCAGAUCUGGCAGGAGCUGGAACUGCAGAAUAAUGCUGUACUGAAACACUUUACAAAUGCCACUGAAGAGGCUUUGUCUGAUGAGACAUUAACGUUGCUGGCAGAGGAGGAGGAUGAGAGUAUUAGAGAGGAAGAAUUUGAGAUGGAGAAGAAUGUUGAAGAAGAAGAACCAGCCGUACGGUCAAAGAAAAUGGCUGUGGAGGCUGAAGACAGGGCAGAGGAUUACACAGAUGAGGACUCUGAUUUAGAUUUUGAUGUGGAUGCUCUGGAAAAGCGAGAGAAACAGAAGAAGGAGAGUGGAAGAAAAGGCUCAAAAACAAAGGUGGUUCCCUCCGAGGUUGAUGAUAAGUUCUUCAAACUGUCAGAGAUGGAGUCUUUUCUUGAUGAUAUGGACAAGCGAGAAGGAAAGGAUGAUGAAGAUGGUGUAGAUUAUUUUCAGGACCUGCCAUCUGAUGAGGACGAAGAGCUUGACCUUGAUCAAAUAAUUUCUAAAAAACAGCAAAAGACAAACUCGGCUAAAAGCUCCAGGAAUCUCAAAUACAAGGAUUUCUUUGACACUGUGGACGGUGAACCAGCUAUCACAGAAGAGCAGUCAGAUGGUGAAGAUGACAGCAUGGAAGAUGGCCAGGAGGAAGGUGAAGAAGACAUGGAUGACGAGGAAGAUGAUUAUCAUGGUGAAGAGGAGGGUGACGAUGAGGAUGAAGAAACAAGUCAGUCCAAAGCAUCUCAUAAGAAAGUGACCUUCAACCUCUCUGGGGAUGAUGACAGUGAAGGAGAGGACUUGGAGGAUAUUUUUGGAGGAAAAACAACAAGCUCAGUAAAGUCUGAAUCAAAGUCUUCUUUUGAGAGACGACAAGAAAAGAUGUCAGAGAAGAUCGAUGAGUUGGAGAAAGCGGCUCUAGCAGCGAAGCCGUGGCAGCUGUCUGGAGAGGUGACAGCACAGACACGUCCAGAGAACAGCAUGUUGGAGGAAGAUGUGGAGUUUGAGCAGGUGUCUAGGACGGCCCCCUCUAUGACAGAGGAAACGACACUACAGCUUGAAGACAUCAUCAAACAGAGAAUUAAAGACCAGGCCUUUGAUGAUGUGGUCCGCAAAGAGAAACCCAAAGAGGAGGUGUUUGAGUAUAAGAAGAGGUUGACAUUGGACCAUGAGAAGAGCAAGCAGAGUCUGGCAGAAAUCUAUGAGCAAGAAUACCUGAAGCAAAAUCAGCAAAAGACGGAAGAAGAGGAGAACCCCGCCCAUGUGGAAAUUCAGAAGCUUAUGGACACACUCUUCCUUAAACUGGAUGCUCUUUCAAACUUCCACUUCACACCUAAACCACCUGUUCCUGAGGUCAAAGUUGUGUCUAACUUGCCAUCUAUUACAAUGGAAGAGGUGGCUCCAGUCAGUGCUAGUGAUGCUACGCUGCUUGCACCAGAAGAAAUUAAGGAGAAGAACAAAGCAGGAGAUAUUCUGGGGGAUGAUGAGAAGACGUCAACAGACAAGAAGCGUGAGCGACGCCACAAGAAGCAGGUGAAGCGUAUCAAGAUUAAGGAGAAAGAAAAGAGACAGAAGCUUAAAGAGGCCAGCAGAGCUGGGGAGAACAAAAAGCCCUCAAAGGCUGAGGCGACAGAAAACCUGAAGAAACUUACAAAAGGAGGCAAAGCCACGAUACUCAAGGAUGAAGGAAAAGACAAAGCUCUGCGCUCCUCUCAAGCCUUCUUCUCUGAGUUGCAGGACCAAGUGAAAAGUCAGAUCAAAAGUGCAAAGGACUCUUCUUCAAAGAAAAAGACAAAAGAGGUUUCUGUCAGCAAACUGAAGUUGUAAAAACUGUGAUGUUUGUUGUUGAAGAUCAACGUUAUAUUGUACAUAUUCUUUUUAUGAGAAAGCUGCCAUAUGUCACAACUGAAAGUCCUUAGGAUAUAUUUCCAUUUUCAUACAAAUAAAUCCUUUGCACAGAUGUUUUGUGGCAAUAAAUGUAACCCUUAAACCUUUAAUAAUAAAUGUGUUUUCAAUCUCAAACCUCGUAACUAUCUGUGCUUCCCUUCCCAUGAAUAAAUAGUACCUGUGUA